CCUGUGUUAAGUCACUCAUUGUUUUUUCAGAGAAAUUUGGGGGUUCUUUGUUGUCAAGCAACAGGUUUUUUUUUUUCAACUGCAUGUUUUCAAUACAUCACAUCUCCUGAUUGGACAAACACUUACAUGCAUAGUGUUUAAAUCCCGCUUGGAGCUAACAUUUCAGUUAAAUUUUAACACUCUACAGCAUCACUGUUUUCUAAAGGGAAUUUGCUGUAGCUCCCCUACAAAGUUUGAUUGACAAGAAAUGAAAUCUGCAAUAUUAUUGCUGUAUUUCUUUGGUGCGGCAUUCGCAAGUCCAGUCCCACUUGAGCAGAAUGGAGAGGAGGAAGAUGGAGAAAGUGAGAGUGCUGAGGCCGAGCAAACCGAGACAACGCAGAAAAUCCCUCAGUACGUCCCUCAGGUGGUUCCUCAGGUCAUUCCUCAAUACAUCCCCCAGGUCAUUCCUCAGUAUGUCCCUCAGGUCAUUCCACAGUAUGUCCCACAAGUCGUCCCACAGUACAUCCCACAAGUUGUCCCACAGUACGUCCCACAGGUCGUCCCGCAAGUCAUACCUCAAUACAUUCCACAGGUUGUGCCAGAGCCUGCCCCGGUACCACCUGAUGGAGGAGGCAAUUUACCUAUUAUCAUUUUCGAAGGAAAUGGAGGGGGUCUGCCAGUUAAUGGAUUCGAUGGUUUUUCAGGAUUCAUAGGAGGAGGUCUUCCAUUUACUGGAUUUGAUGGUUUUUCGGGACUUGGAGGAGGGAUCUUCCCAGUUACUGGUUUUGAUGAUUUUAAUGGAGCGGGCCUUAAACCUUAUUCUAAAACAGCACCGAAGCAAAUCUCUUUUCACGGUUAAAAGCUGAGUCACUGAUCCAGAAUUCUAUCUUCAAGAAUCACAUCAGCAGGAAAUGUUUCUUCCAAUACAUAACUUAA